UUCUGAGUGUCCUGCCCGGUGAAUCUGUUCCCCACUUCAUUAAUUAACGUCAAAUAUUCUGCUCAAACACGCGCGCCAAGCCGGAAAUAUGGUCUGAACUCAACAUCCAGAAAGCUUGGCUGGCUAGCAAGCCAUAUGAAACCCGGCAUUUCUCAUCGUCUUGCGCAAAAGUUCCCACCAGUAUCCGCACCAUAACUGCUAGCUGACCAGAUGAUUGAGGGCGAAUGCGUUCUUUUGUCUCUUUCUUCUACCUAUAUGUUUCUCUCUUUUAGAAUGUUGCGCAGCUGCAUCACUUGAAAUAUUUUUUUCGAGGAGCGAAUUGAUUUUGCUUUGUGGAACAAGGAUUCAUUGCUGUUUUCAGGGCCAACAUUCAAAAUGAUGCUCCCAUGGCUUGACGACCCGGUGAUGCUUCACUCUUCACGAGCAGACACUUGCAAACUUACCGCAGCACAAUGUGAAUACAGAAGCGGCUAUUGGAGAUACUGGUACCAAGCCGAUCAUGUCUACGGCCAUGCAACAGUCUACUUUAUGUGUGCGGUCAUUGGCGUCUUUAUGAUUAGCAACAUAAUUUCCAAAGUCUCAAAACGUUCCGCUUCUGGAAAUUCAAUAGUGCAGCGAGGGUUGGCAGCAACAAGGUUACUUGCCUAUAAAACUUUUCACGUUCGCGGGCUGGGAUGGUAUUCUCCUCCCCUGGGUGUUAUUCUACUGGGACUUUGCGGAGUGAUAUACUUCUUCUCUCUGACAUUGGGUCCCAAACCAUACUACUGGCCAAACACAAAGACGCUCUCUUAUGGAGGCUCGCCACCUAUUGCGACCAGAAGUGGUUGGAUGGCUCUCGGACUGUUGCCUUUUGUGAUGCUUUUGUCUCAGAAGACGAAUUAUAUCACGCUUCUAACAGGAAUCUCUCACGAAAAGCUACAGGUAUACCAUCGCUGGACUAGCUGGACUAUGUUCGUACUGGCACUUGUACACACAUUCCCCUUCAUCGUCGUACACAUCCAAAAAGGAGAUAUGGUCAUGCAGUGGGACGUGGAAGUUACGUAUUGGACUGGUGUAGCGGCCAUCAUUACUCAAGCAUGGCUCAACAUAAUGUCCAUUGGGCCCAUUAGAAACCGCUACUAUGAAUUCUUCAAAGCUACCCAUUAUCUUGCCAUUGGCUUCUUUAUUUUCUUUUUCUUCAUCCACUGCGAUUUCCGCCUCACAUCCUGGGAUUACUUUAUCGCAGCCCUCUCGCUCUACGCCUUCACACUCAUCGUCUCCUUCCUCCGCACCUCGAUACAAUCCCUCGACCUCCACGCCCUAUUCCUCACCUUGCCUGAUGGGACACUAAAGAUCACGAUUCCAACGAAAGUGUGCUGGGCGCCAGGCCAACAUGUCUUCCUCCGCUUCUGGGCUCUGGGUUUACAUGCCUAUACCACACAUCCAUUUACGAUUUGCAGUCUGCCCGAUAGUGGUGAGAUGGUGUUUUACAUGAAGCCUCAAGGUGGCUUCACGGCUAGGUUGAAGAGCCUAGUACAGAGUCAAAAGGGUUGGAUGCCCAUGAGUGUCGAUGGACCGUACGGAGACACAGAUACAGCGUCUACGCUCGCUUCCCACGAGAAACCUCUAAUAAUUGCUGGAGGCUCAGGUGUGGGCUACUUACUUGGUGUUCUACGAGGUGUCCUGAAAGAGGCUGGAAGAGCGAAGGAUAUCAAAGCCAUCAUCGCAGUCCGGCACUCCUCCUCCGCGUCCUGGAUCCUGGAGACCGUCGAAUCGAUACUCUCUGAAACAAAGUCCGGCGUCAGUGUCGAGCUUCACAUCACAGAUUCCGUGCCUGUUGAGCCAUCUUCUUCAUCUGACGACAUUGAAAAAGUAGCAAGCAGGACGAGCUUACCGAUCUCUUCAUCUCAUGCCGGGAUCACGAUCAUACAAGGCCAAGGAAGACCGGAUCUGAAGGAAUUAAUCAGGGGAGUGACGAGUGAGGGCAGUGGGAGCGUAGGCGUGGCGGCUUGUGGACCGAGUGGGAUGAUGAGCGAUGUGGGGAAUUCGUGCGCGGAAGCGCAGGGUAGGAUAUUGAGGGGUGGGAAGGGGCCGAGGAGUGUCUGGUUGCAUACUGAGGCUUUCUCUUGGUAGUUGUAGGUGAGAAUUAUAGUGCUUUGAGAUUGUUCAUUCUCUGUUCUUGAGUGAGCGUCAAACUGGUGUAUUGGGUGUGGUUCAAGUGGACGGCAUCUUGUCUGUGUAUCUUAUUUUAAUCGCAAAAGUCGACAACCAUC